AUGGACCAACUUACACCUGAGGAGCUGGCCAGUCUGGCUGCAGAUGAUCGAGGGCCUGUCUGCAGAGAUGUCGUCAUUGCAUUCACAGUCAUGUCGUUCGUCUCAGUCUGUCUUCGGCUGUUUGUGCGGGUCAGGUAUCAGAGGACUGGGUGGGAAGACUGGACGAUAGUUUUGUCCACGAUUGCAUCCAUAGGAAUAGCUGUGUGCCAGGUGCUUCAGGUCGGAGCUGGAAGCGGAAAGCACGCAGUACUAGUGCCUUAUCCCGAGGGGUUGUCGAACAUUAUGAAAUAUCUCUUUUACAGCAUCAUUGCCUACAACAUCAGCCUCACCAUCACUAAGAUAUCUAUCUUGUUGCAGUACCACCGCAUCUUCACAAUACACAAGAUGCGCAUACCCGUAUAUGCUGCAUUGGCAAUGACCAGUGUGUGGGGGCUGACGCUGCUGUUCACCUCCAUAUUUUCCUGCAUUCCAGUGGAAGCCUUCUGGGAGGUGACAGAGCAAGGAAAUGCGAAAUGUGUCGACAUCAUGGCGCUAUGGUACACAAAUGCCUCGGUCAACAUCGUGACAGAUAUUCUAGUCGCCGCCAUUCCUAUACCGGGUAUAUGGGGAUUACACAUACCUAAACGCCAGAAGAUUGCUCUUCUCGGCAUUCUCACCAUAGGCUGGUUCAUUUGCAUCGUCUCGGUCCUACGGCUCUGGAACGUGAGCGUGUUGGGUCAACACAGGGACGACAUAACCUACUACAGCGCUCCAACGGCAUAUUGGAGUGCGAUUGAAGCCAACCUCGCCAUCGUAUGCGCAUCCCUCCCGGCCCUCAAGCCCUUGGUCGUCAGCAUCGUUCCCGUCUUCGGCACUCGAAAGAGUAGUGGGCAAGGCUCAAACGCGGCGAGCGGGAACAACCACAGGCUGCGCAAGCUGAUGAGUAGAGAUACACUGAAGCACAGCGGCGACAAGGAGCAGUUGACGGGUGUGUCAAGCGCUAGCUGUGGACAUUCAUUCGCGUCGAGUCCGUCAGAAAGUGGGCAGAGUAGGAAGAACAUCUACGUAACCAAACACUUUGAACAGCAUGUUGAGGACAUCAAAGGACCAGGGAAUUGCGAUAGCCAGAAGGAGGUAACGGCAGCCGAGAUCCUAGCACGUGGAGAUGUGUAA